UGCUUCCCUUCGACUCCGUGUGCGUCUUGUGUCUUUGUGUGUGGGAGAAAAAGAAAAAGUUGAUUUCCGCUCGUGACGUUGUCGCCGUCGCGUCUGGAUACACGCAAGAGAACGCCAGACGAAAGGAAAAAAAAAAACGCAGCAGGAAGGAAUAACCCGAAAGAGAAUAUUUUGCCCACCUUUCACCUCUGCACUUUUUCUUGCCUUGACUUUCCCCCUUUUCAUUUAUUUAUUUUUUUUUUCGGAUGGAGCUAGUGGUACGCACAGUGUGAGAAGAAACGAAACAAACCGGCGACAUCACGUCCCACAUUUUUACAAGUGUCGAAAGACAUAGGGCGCGCGCGAGUCGGAAUAAUUUAAAAAGACAUCAGUGGCAAAGCGAAAAACAAGACAAAAAAAGAACCAACAAGAAAAGGAAACAGGCGCACAAGAAAUAAAAAGAGAUUCGACGACUCAAAAUUCAUUCAGUCGAGUGCGAUGCUGUGUCAAGUGUCGUCAUCGAUUCUCUCUGAGCUCCCCCCCAGUGUUCAAGUGUUUUGUGUGUAGUAUCAUCGGUUCAAUAUCUACGCUUCUUUCCGCCUUUUUAAACCAAAGCUUUCCCUCCACCUACCCCCACAACAAACCUCGUUUAACCCAGGCUCCUAUUCCUCUUUCUUAUUUACAAGAAGAAAAAAGGAGAGCCUGAUGGACUGCAGUUGAUAACAGCGCACCCUCCCCUGUGGUAGUCUGUUCCGAAAACAUAAAAAGCUUUCGAGACUAGUCGUGAGCCUCCGUCUGUUACACAGACAUUAAAAAAAAAAAAAAAAGAGGCAAGAAAGUUGCAGCAUAGUUAAAAUAAUAAUAAAAAAAAAAAAUAAAUAAAUAAAAAUAUAAUGGCCAGCAGCACGUGGGAUGUUGCGAUAGGCUUCAAGAGGUGGAGUGCCAUCUGGGUGAUCUGGACAACGCUCGUAACGGCUGGACUGGUUGUCAUGUCGGCGGCCGUUGGCGCCGGAGCCUGUCCGGGAGUCAAGUGGAAAGGCGGCAAGCAGACGGUGGAAUGCCGACAACGCGGCCUCAUCACGUUGCCGUCCAACAUUGAUCCGCAAACCCAAGUGCUGGACCUGUCCGGCAGCAACCUGCAGACUCUUCCGCGCGAGGCUUUCUCUCGGGCCAACCUCCUCAACCUGCAAAAGAUUUACUUGGCUUCGUGCCGGAUCGGCCAGGUGGAUUCGACGGCACUUCGCGGUCUCACAAACUUAAUUGAGCUGGACCUCAGUGAUAAUUUGCUGACGGACGUGCCCAGCGAGGCUUUUCGGGACGCCGUUUCACUGCGCGAGCUGAGACUCAGCUCCAAUCCCAUUCAGAAAAUCGAGCAAGGAGCUUUCGACCAAGCGCCGGGAUUGGUCAAGCUGGACCUUUCCGACUGUCAGAUCGAGACACUGGCGGCCGGCGCUUUCGACGGCCUUGAUCAACUGUCGCACCUACGUCUCGGGGGCAACAGGCUAGAAGAACUACGACCGGACGUAGUCUCCUCAUUGCCGAGCCGUCUCCACGGACUGGAACUGCAAAACAAUCCGUGGAUUUGCGAUUGCCGGCUCCGUUAUUUGCGGGAGUGGCUCCAGCAGCACAACGUGCCCAGUCCGGCAACGGCGGCCUGCGCAUUGCCCGAAAGGCUUUCCGGUCGAGCGCUCAUCGAGCUCCUCGUCGAUGACUUCGCUUGUCCGCCUCAAGUGAUUCCCUUUCCAGCUGCGCCGCUAUUGGCCGGCGGCGGACAUCCGCACCUGCACGUCGAGGCGGCGGCCGGCGAGAACGCCACUUUGACUUGCCGGAUGAGCGGCGUUCCUUCGCCGGAAAUCACCUGGUUGUGGCGCGGUAGGCCCAUGGCCAACGGAAGCAUUCCGGGAGAACCGGAAGCGCUACCUGCCGGAGCAGGCGCUGACGGGACAGGAUAUCCUGGCGACGAGCCCGAGGGACGGACCGUCGUCAUCCUGGAGGAGGGCAAGUACGAAAAGACCAGCUACCUCAUCUUGAGUCCGGCUCGAGAGACCGACAGCGGCGAAUUCGUUUGCGUCGCGGCCAAUCCGGCUGGACUGGCCAGAGUCAACUUGACUCUGCGCGUCGACGUCCAAGCGCCAGUUGUCGGCGGCCUGGGAGGAGCUCAAAUCGCCGGAUUGGGAGCUGGGCUCUUCAUUCUGCUGGCCGCUGUUGUCGCCAUCCUCCUCCUGAUGCUAAUCCGCACCAGAAGUUCGGCCAACUCGAGCGGCUCAUCGGCAAACAAACUGGACGACAUGGGCAAACAAAGCGGACAACAUCCCGCCAUGUCGCUGGGCCAAACGCAUCAAGGCAUUCAGGGUUCUUCGCCGUCGGGACCGUGCGCGGCUAAAUCGCCCACUUUGUCCGCACUCGAGUACGGCCAAAUAGCAUUCGUCAACCCGCAUUCUCCUAACCGAGUCGUCGUCGUGACGACACCGGCCGCAACCGCAUCCGGUCUGAGUGAUCGUCCCGACUUGAUACACGACGCCCGCAACAGUAGCGAUCAUUACGGCUACGACCUAGGCCCGCCGUUAGAUUAUUCGACCCUGAAUCGACGCUAUCACGCGCACGGCCAAUCGGCCGAUCGUGACAUUUUAGCCGCCACAUCGGCCGGUGACUAUCAAAGCGCUCAAACAGAUUCGUUUUAUCCGUCGGCCUUGUGGGAUCACAUUUUGAAUCCAACGUCGGAAGAAGAGACGUCCGACGGCGCAAAUAAUAACAUUACCAUCGAUCAGGCCAGUAGCAGCCGGAGCAGUAGCGGCCACAUGAGCUCGCCCAUCCAUUUGCCCCACGUGCCGCUCACCGUGAUGGAUAGGAACGGCAUGCCGCAAAUUUACGUCCCCUACACCAGCGGCCAAGUAAUCCAGAAUCCACGAGAUCUUCUGGCCGCGUCGUAUGCAGAUCGCGAUAGCGAAGCGGGCGAAUCAGCCGUCAGUGUAGACAGUUACAGCCUGCCUUGCCGGAUACCCCAGCAACACGCCAAGGAACCCAUUGGCGGCCAAAAUUUCGUACCUUAUCCGCCGGACUACGGUCUGCCGCGGACCCAGAGCCCACCCACGUUAGCGAAGCCUCCCACACAACACCUGGCGGCGGCCGGUGAAGGCGGAACGAUAGAACGACAACCACCUGCUCCCAUGACGGAAGACCCUUCGAUCCAACAACAACAGCAGCACAAUUCAUCCAGCAGCUGUUACGGUUCCAAGGCCAAUAGCAGCGCAGAGUCGAGUCCAGUGGCGACGAGUUCCAACACAAAAGGUGCACGCUUUUGGCAACAAAGGCCUGGUAUCAACAAUGGAAAGAGAUCUCAUCAUCAUUUCGCUAGAGAUUCACCUGACGAAGGCUACCAAGAGGAAUGCGCCACAGACGUUUGAAUUCAAAUAUUCAAUCAGACUGGGAUCAAUUGAAAACAAAAUAGGUUGCAUAAACAGCACGUCCCGCCCUCUGGAGUUUGCAGAAGAUCACGACAUCGGAUCGAUUGUGAAGAGAAAGAAAAAAGUUUGAAUUCAAAGAAGUUUAGAUCGGAUCGAAUGGGCCCGUCGAUAACUUUUCAACGUUUCGGCCUUUCGAAUUCGAUAACGCCACGUUUUAUUAUUUAAAACGCUAUGUUGUGCAUUAUCGGUGGGCAAAGAGCGGUAACCCGCGGAGUUGUGUCCCUGUCGCACAAAACUUUUGACUAAACUAUAUAGACGCAAUGUCAAUAGAAUCGACCGCCAAUAUCGUGGGCGUGCGUCUACGUGUGGUUAUCGAUAAAUAAAUCAAGAAGCUCCACAACAUAGAAAAAAAAAAGAGCCUGACCAAGUUGGUCCGUUCAAUACACAGAAUUAAAAGAGAGGAAAAAAAAAAAUAAAUAAAACAAAAGAAGUUUAGAUCUUGCUCCACAUGCCUAGCACAACAGUUCACCUGAUUCAUAUUCUGGUAACAACACGUUCAUGUUGUACAGAAUAGCUGAAAUAAGGGACAAGUAUCGAGAAAUGCUAACUCGUGAUGAUGGCCAAAAAGACUCGAAGAAAGUAAAACAAAAAAGAUGUUCUUAUAGACUAUAUGCGCAACAUUAUAAAUAUCUGCACACAUAUUAUGUAAUGUGUGUGUCGUUAAGUGUUGAUUUCUUUUUUCAGCGUGUGUGUUUUGAAAUUUGUAUCGAAACAUUUUCACUGAUUGAUUGUGAUCGCAUGAGAAACAGAAAGUGUUGUACCAUUUUCGUUUUGUAAAUUUUUUUCCCCCUCUAAAAUGUCACACGGUAAACUGCACGAGCGUCCCGACUGAUCGUGCAGUCACGUGAAAUACAGCUCAGACCAAAAAAAAAGAAAGAAGAAGAUUUUCAAAUAACGUUGCAAGUGUCAAUUUGUGUGUGACUGUCGUGUUUUAGGGUGAUUUUCAGGCAAGAUAAUUUCAGUAUUCCUUUCACUUUGUAAAGACAAUUUGUAAAUAUAUUUAAGUACAACUCGUACAAUCGCAUAACAUAAGAAAAACAAAUGUAAUUUUCCCUCCGUCUGAUUAAUAAAACCCUUUUCCUUUCUUAUGUCUCAUGCCCAAUAUAAUUCACAUGACAACUCUAUAUUUGUAUUCAUGAGAGCUGCGAUAUCA